GGACCGUUGGUUACUUGAUUUGGUUAGUUGCUAUAAAUAGAAAUGAUGGUUCGUGUGCAACCUUCAAAAUACGACCACUCUCUCAGAGUACUCUCUUAGUUUCUUUCUUCUUCUUCUUUGUAAUACGGUGCCGUUUGACAUGGAUAACCAUCGCAGGACUAAGCAACCCAAGACCAACUCCAUCGUUACUUCUUCUUCUGAAGAAGUGAGUAGUCUUGAGUGGGAAGUUGUGAACAUGAGUCAAGAAGAAGAAGAUUUGGUCUCUCGAAUGCAUAAGCUUGUCGGUGACAGGUGGGAACUGAUAGCUGGGAGGAUCCCAGGAAGAACCGCUGGAGAAAUUGAGAGGUUUUGGGUCAUGAAAAAUUGAAAAGUGAUCAAUAUAUCUCUAUAGUUUCACUGAUUGUUUCGAUUAUAUUCCGUUGUAUUUUAAAUUUACCAACUCUGUUAUAAGAAGAAAACUUUCUUAAAUCCCAAACCAUUUAACUCUCAAGAACCAUUUAUUGUGUGGGCUACGAAUAUUUGGGCCUUCCAAGCCUAAAUUUAUUUUUUUGCCAUCCUAGUAAUUUCUAGAAGCUAAGUCGUAGAUGUUGUACGUGGAUAUUUCAUUAAUUUCUGCUUAAAGCCUUAAACACUUGACACAUGAAAG